AUGAAGCAUUAUCAGGUAGAGGAACAUCAUCAGGUAGAGGAACAUCAUCAGGUAGAAGAACAUCAGGUAGAGGAACAUCAUCAGGUAGAGGAACAUCAUCAGGUAGAGGAACAUCAUCAGGUAGAAGAACAUCAUCAGGUAGAAGAACAUCAGGUAGAGGUACAUCAUCAUGUAGAGGAACAUCAUCAUGUAGAGAAACAUCAGGUAGAGGAACAUCAUCAGGCAGAAGAACAUCAUCAGGUAGAAGAACAUCAUCAGGUAGAAGAACAUCAUCAGGUAGAGGAACAUCAUCAGGUAGAAGAACAUCAUCAGGUAGAAGAACAUCAUCAUGUAGAGGAACAUCAUCAUGUAGAGGAACAUCAUCAUGUAGAGGAACAUCAUCAUGUAGAGGAACAUCAUCAGGUAGAGGAACAUCAUCAGGUAGAGGAACAUCAUCAGGCAGAAGAACAUCAUCAGGCAGAGGAACAUCAUCAGGUAGAAGAACAUCAUCAGGUAGAGGAACAUCAUCAUCUAGAGGAACAUCAUCUAGAGGAACAUCAUCAUGUAGAGGAACAUCAUCAUCUAGAGGAACAUCAUCAGGCAGAAGAACAUCAUCAGGUAGAAGAACAUCAGGUAGAAGAACAUCAUCAUCUAGAGGAACACCAUCAUGUAGAGGAACAUCAUCAGGUAGAAGAACAUCAUCAGGUAGAAGAACAUCAGGUAGAAGAACAUCAUCAUCUAGAGGAACACCAUCAGGCAGAGGAACAUCAUCAGGCAGAGGAACAUCAUCAGGCAGAGGAACAUCAUCAUGUAGAGGAACAUCAUCAUGUAGAGGAACAUCAUCAUGUAGAGGAACAUCAUCAGGUCGAAGAACAUCAUCCGGUUGAGGAACAUCAUCAGGUCGAAGAACAUCAUCCGGUAGAGGAACAUCAUCAGGUAGAGGAACAUCAUCAGGUAGAAGAACAUCAUCAUGUAGACGAACAUCAUCAGGUAGAGGAACAUCAUCCGGUAGAGGAACAUCAUCAGGUAGAGGAACAUCAUCAGGUAGAGGAACAUCAUCAUGUAGAAGAACAUCAUCAGGUAGAGGAACAUCAUCAGGUAGAGGAACAUCAUCAGGUAGAGGAACAUCAUCAGGUAGAGGAACAUCAUCAUGUAGAGGAACAUCAUCAGGUAGAAGAACAUCAUCAGGUAGAGGAACAUCAUCAUGUAGAAGAACAUCAUCAGGUAGAGGAACAUCAUCAGGUAGAGGAACAUCAUCAGGUAGAGGAACAUCAUCCGGUAGAGGAACAUCAUCAGGUAGAGGAACAUCAUCAGGUAGAGGAACAUCAUCCGGUAGAGGAACAUCAUCCGGUAGAGGAACAUCAUCAGGUAGAGGAACAUCAUCAUGUAGAGGAACAUCAUCAUGUAGAGGAACAUCAUCAUGUAGAGGAACAUCAUCAUGUAGAGGAACAUCAUCAGGUAGAAGAACAUCAUCAUGUAGAGGAACAUCAUCAUGUAGAGGAACAUCAUCAGGUAGAGGAACAUCAUCAGGUAGAGGAACAUCAUCCGGUAGAGGAACAUCAUCAUGUAGAGGAACAUCAUCAUGUAGAGGAACAUCAUCAGGUAGAAGAACAUCAUCAGGUAGAGGAACAUCAUCCGGUAGAAGAACAUCAUCAGGUAGAGGAACAUCAUCAUCUAGAGGAACAUCAUCAGGUAGAGGAACAUCAUCAGGUAGAGGAACAUCAUCAUGUAGAGGAACAUCAUCAUGUAGAGGAACAUCAUCAGGUAGAGGAACAUCAUCAGGUCGAGGAACAUCAUCCGGUAGAGGAACAUCAUCAGGUAGAGGAACAUCAUCAUGUAGAAGAACAUCAUCAGGUAGAAGAACAUCAUCAGGUAGAGGAACAUCAUCAUGUAGAGGAACAUCAUGUAGAACAACAUCAUCAGGUAGAGGAACAUCAUCAUGUAGAGGAACAUCAUGUAGAACAACAUCAUCAUGUAGAGGAACAUCAUCAGGUAGAGGAACAUCAUCAGGUAGAAGAACAUCAUCAGGCAGAGGAACAUCAUCAGGUAGAAGAACAUCAUCAUGUAGAGGAACAUCAUCAGGUAGAGGAACAUCAUCAUGUAGAGGAACAUCAUCAUGUAGAGGAACAUCAUCAUGUAGAGGAACAUCAUCAGGCAGAGGAACAUCAUCAGGUAGAAGAACAUCAUCAUGUAGAGGAACAUCAUCAGGUAGAGGAACAUCAUCAGGUAGAGGAACAUCAUCAUGUAGAGGAACAUCAUCAGGUAGAGGAACAUCAUCAGGUAGAAGAACAUCAUCAUGUAGAGGAACAUCAUCAGGCAGAGGAACAUCAUCAUGUAGAGGAACAUCAUCAUGUAGAGGAACAUCAUCAGGCAGAGGAACAUCAUCAGGUCGAAGAACAUCAUCCGGUUGAGGAACAUCAUCAGGUCGAAGAACAUCAUCCGGUAGAGGAACAUCAUCAGGUAGAAGAACAUCAUCAUGUAGAGGAACAUCAUCAGGUAGAGGAACAUCAUCAGGUAGAAGAACAUCAUCAGGCAGAAGAACAUCAUCAGGCAGAAGAACAUCAUCAGGUAGAGGAACAUCAUCAGGUCGAAGAACAUCAUCCGGUAGAGGAACAUCAUCAGGUAGAAGAACAUCAUCAUGUAGAGGAACAUCAUCAUGUAGAGGAACAUCAUCAUGUAGAGGAACAUCAUCAGGUAGAAGAACAUCAUCAUGUAGAGGAACAUCAUCAUCUAGAGGAACAUCAUGUAGAGGAACAUCAUCAUGUAGAGGAACAUCAUCAUGCAGAGGAACAUCAUCCGGUAGAAGAACAUCAUCAGGUAGAGGAACAUCAUCCGGUAGAAGAACAUCAUCAGGUAGAGGAACAUCAUCAUGUAGAGGAACAUCAUCAUGUAGAGGAACAUCAUCAGGCAGAGGAACAUCAUCAGGUAGAAGAACAUCAUCAGGUAGAGGAACAUCAUCAUGUAGAGGAACAUCAUCAUGCAGAGGAACAUCAUCAGGUAGAGGAACAUCAUCAUGUAGAGGAACAUCAUCAUGUAGAGGAACAUCAUCCGGUAGAAGAACAUCAUCAGGUAGAGGAACAUCAUCAGGUAGAAGAACAUCAUCAUCUAGAGGAACAUCAUCAUGUAGAGGAACAUCAUCAUGUAGAGGAACAUCAUCAGGCAGAAGAACAUCAUCAGGUAGAGGAACAUCAUCCGGUAGAAGAACAUCAUCAGGUAGAGGAACAUCAUCAUCUAGAGGAACAUCAUCAGGUAGAGGAACAUCAUCAGGUAGAGGAACAUCAUCCGGUAGAGGAACAUCAUCAGGUAGAGGAACAUCAUCAGGUCGAGGAACAUCAUCAUGUAGAGGAACAUCAUCAGGUAGAAGAACAUCAUCAGGUAGAGGAACAUCAUCAUGUAGAGGAACAUCAUCAGGUAGAGGAACAUCAUCAUGUAGAGGAACAUCAUCAGGUAGAGGAACAUCAUCAGGUAGAGGAACAUCAUCAGGUAGAGGAACAUCAUCCGGUAGAGGAACAUCAUCAUGUAGAGGAACAUCAUCAGGUAGAGGAACAUCAUCCGGUAGAGGAACAUCAUCAGGUAGAGGAACAUCAUCAGGUAGAGGAACAUCAUCAUGUAGAGGAACAUCAUCAUGUAGAGGAACAUCAUCAGGUAGAAGAACAUCAUCAGGUAGAGGAACAUCAUCAGGUAGAGGAACAUCAUCAUGUAGAGGAACAUCAUCCGGUAGAGGAACAUCAUCAGGUAGAAGAACAUCAUCAGGUAGAGGAACAUCAUCAGGUAGAAGAACAUCAUCAGGUAGAGGAACAUCAUCAGGUAGAGGAACAUCAUCAGGUAGAGGAACAUCAUCAGGUAGAAGAACAUCAUCCGGUAGAGGAACAUCAUCCGGUAGAAGAACAUCAUCAGGUAGAGGAACAUCAUCAUCUAGAGGAACAUCAUCAGGUAGAGGAACAUCAUCCGGUAGAGGAACAUCAUCAGGUAGAGGAACAUCAUCAUGUAGAGGAACAUCAUCAGGUAGAAGAACAUCAUCAGGUAGAAGAACAUCAUCAUGUAGAGGAACAUCAUCAUGUAGAAGAACAUCAUCAGGUAGAAGAACAUCAUCAGGUAGAGGAACAUCAUCAUGUAGAGGAACAUCAUGUAGAACAACAUCAUCAGGUAGAGGAACAUCAUCAUGUAGAAGAACAUCAUCAGGUAGAAGAACAUCAUCAGGUAGAGGAACAUCUCCACAGAUUUCACCAGCUGAUCUCCUGCUGUGGAGGUUUGACUGGAAAACCACCUGAGAGUCACAAAGGCAGGUCACCUGAAGAGACUCAGCUGAAUGUGUGAAGCAGCAGAACUCUGACUCGGUUCUUUAACUGGUUCUUUAACUUUCAGCUCACUCCAGACUCAUGUUCAGAGAGACGGUGACCAUCGAGGAUG